AACAACUUUGUAACAUGGCUGAAUAUUUGUAUACAAACGCACGUUUCAGUUAAGGUUAUGCACGUGCAGAUGUCUAAUAAUUUUGUAAUUUAAAUCAUACAUCUAAUUUAUAUGAUAUAUAAUAUAUAUUUGUAACAUUUUUCAUACGCAUGACAAUAAUUUAAAAAUUUUAACAACGUAGAAUUACAUAAACACAAAGACAAAAUGGCAAAGUCAAGAGCUACAACUAAAGCUCCUCGUAAAGAGGGAUUUAAUCGUUCUGGGCAUAGCAUGAAUCCUGAGCGCCCUACAGAAGGAUUAAAAGGUGUAGCUAAAGUUCGGAGCAAAGCAACAAUCAAGAGAUUACAAAUGUAUCGUAAUCAAAAACCAAAACGUGAUCGUACGGGUAAAAUAAUUAGCCCAGCACCAUUCCAAGGUUGGCAACCAUCUGGUACUAUGUCUCGUAUAGAACCUUCGCAUAGAUGGUUUGGUAAUUCCAGAGUCAUUUCCCAGAAUGCUUUGCAAAAAUUUCAAGAUGAAUUAGGGAAAGCCAUGAAAGAUCCAUAUAAUGUUAUUAUGAAACCUACACAAAUGCCAGUAACUUUACUUCAGCAAAAAGCUAUGAAUGCAAGAGUACACUUACUGGAUACAGAAAGUUUUGAAAGUGUAUUUGGUCCAAAAAAGUUACGUAAAAAACCAAACUUAACGAUAGCUUCAUAUAAUGAAUUACAAAAAUUAGCAGAAGAAAAGGAAGAAACAUAUAACAUGGAAAAAGAUACAAAAGACAUUGAUCUUGUUCGACCAGAUACAGGUAUAAAAGAUAUGCAGAGAGAAUGGAUCAUGUCAGCAGGACAAAGUAAAAGAAUUUGGAAUGAAUUAUAUAAAGUUAUAGAUUCUUCUGAUGUUAUUUUACAAGUAUUGGAUGCCAGAGAUCCUUUGGGCACAAGAUCUCCACCAGUAGAGAAAUAUUUAAAGACAGAAAAACCUCAUAAACAUUUAAUGUUUAUUUUAAAUAAGGUGGAUCUUGUUCCAAAUUGGGUCACGCAAAGAUGGGUUGCAAUUUUAAGUGCAGAAUAUCCAACAGUAGCAUUUCAUGCUUCAAUGACGCAUCCAUUUGGAAAAGGUUCCUUAAUAAAUUUAUUACGUCAAUUUGCGAAAUUACAUAUGGAUAAAAAACAAAUCAGUGUAGGUUUUAUAGGAUAUCCUAAUACAGGGAAAAGUUCUGUUAUAAAUACUUUGAGAUCGAAAAAAGUAUGCAAAGUUGCGCCGAUUGCCGGUGAAACAAAAGUAUGGCAAUAUAUUACUUUAAUGCGCCGUAUUUACUUAAUAGACUGUCCAGGAGUAGUUUAUCCAUCAGCGGAAACUGAUGCAGAAAAAGUUUUGAAAGGUGUAGUUAGGGUAGAACUUGUAAAAAACCCUGAGGAUUAUAUUGAAGAAGUAUUGUCACGAGUAAAACCAGAUUAUAUUCGCAAAACUUAUAAAAUCAUGGAAUGGAAUGAUCACAUUGAUUUUUUGGAGAAGUUGGCACGUAGAACUGGAAAAUUAUUGAAGAAAGGAGAACCAGAUAUCACCAUUGUGUCACGAAUGGUAUUGAAUGAUUGGCAACGUGGUAAGCUACCAUUUUAUGUCUCUCCGCCUGGUUUUGAAGUACCACUAACAAAAACAACAGUGAAUGAAUCAUCCACUGAAAAUAAUAAUAUUGAACAAGAAAAUGAAACUGAAACAAACGAAAAUGAAACUGUACUAAAUAAAGAAGUACCAAAACCUGAAUUAUCUGUAAUACAAGAUUUUCGAAAAAUAAGAGUUGGUUUACCAUAUUCUGGUGAUGAUAUUCAAAAUGAAUUACAGAUUGAAGACAAUAAAUCUAUGAGUAACUCAAUUGAAAUUAAUUCUAUUUCAUCAGACUUGGAUGAUAAUGAUAUUAGUGAAAUUCAAGAUGAAGCAAAUGUAAAUUUUAAAGAAACAUUGUCAACAGAAAAUAAUGAAUGCAAUAAAAAUGAUAAGGAAAAUGACGAAUAUUCUAAUGAUAAAACUCAUCUUCCACAAGAAAAAGAUACUUUAAUGCAAAAUGCAUAUGAUGUAAUAGAAGAAGAAUAUGAUUCUAGUGAUAGUGAAAUGUUGGAUAAAAAUGCUGUAUCUAGUAGUGGUAAAUUCAAAAUUUCUUCUACAUCUAAUGAAGUGGAACAUAUGACAGAAAAAGUUGGAAAAAAAUUAACAAGUAAACAAAGGCGAGCUCUAGAAAGAGCUAGUAAAAGGAAGAAAAUUGGUAGCAAUUUUUAUGAAAUUACUAAUGUGAAGAAUAGGAACAGGAACAGAAGAGUUCCUAAAAUUAAACGAAAAUAGUAAAAAUGUAGAUGAAUAGAAACAAAAACUAUUAAUCUAUAAAUAAAUUCAAAAUAA